CGCUGUCUCCGCAGGAAGGUGGUGUGUGAGUGCGGCUACACGCGUGAGCAGCACCUGGAGGAGGCCACCAAGCCCCGCGCCUUCCAGGGCCAGCAGUGGGACCCCAAGAAGCACGUCCAGGAGAUGCCAACGGAUGCCUUUGGGGACAUCGUCUUCACGGGCUUGAGCCAGAAAGUGGGAAAGUUCGUCCGAGUGUCCGAGGACACGUGCCCCAGUGUCAUCUACCACCUCAUGACCCAGCACUGGGGCCUGGACGCCCCCAACCUCCUGAUCUCGGUGACCGGGGGGGCCAAGAACUUCACCAUGAAGCCGAGACUGAGGAGCGUCUUCCGGAGGGGCCUGGUCAAGGUGGCUCAGACCACAGGAGCCUGGAUCGUCUCGGGGGGCUCCCACACCGGGGUGAUGAAACAGGUGGGGGAGGCGGUGCGCGACUUCAGCCUGAGCAGCGGCUGCCACGAGGGGGGCGUCAUCACCAUUGGCGUUGCCACAUGGGGCACCAUCCACAACCGGGACAGCCUGGUCCAGCCCACGGGCAGCUUCCCUGCCGAGUACGUGCUGGACGAGGAGGGUCAGGGCCAGCUCACCUGUCUGGACAGCAACCACUCCCACUUCAUCCUCGUGGACGAUGGCACCCAUGGCCGGUACGGGGUGGAGAUUCCCCUGAGGACCAAGCUGGAGAAGUUCAUAUCAGAGCAGACGAAGGAGAAGGGAGGGAUGGCCAUCAAGAUCCCCAUAGUCUGUGUGGUGCUGGAGGGCGGCCCCGGUACACUGAACACCAUCUACAACGCCAUCACCCGUGGCACGCCGUGCGUCGUCGUGGAGGGCUCAGGCCGCGUGGCUGACGUCAUUGCCCAGGUGUCCGGCCUGCCCAUCCCCGAGAUCACCAUAUCCCUGAUUCAGAAGAAACUGAGCGUGCACUUCCGGGAAAUGUUUGCAACUUUCACGGAGAACAGGAUCGUCGAGUGGACCAAGAAGAUCCAAGACAUUGUCCGGAGGCGGCAGCUGCUGACCAUCUUCCGGGAGGGCAAGGAUGGCCAGCAGGACGUGGAUGUGGCCAUCCUGCAGGCCUUACUGAAAGCCUCUCAGAACCAUGGCCACUUUGGCCACGAGAACUGGGACCACCAGCUGAAGCUGGCCGUGGCUUGGAACCGCGUGGACAUUGCUCGGAGCGAGAUCUUCAGCGGCGAGUGGCAGUGGAAGCCUGCUGAUCUGCACCCCAUGAUGGCAGCCGCCCUCAUCUCCAAUAAGCCUGAGUUCGUGAAGCUCUUCCUGGAGAACGGCGUGCAGCUGAAGGACUUCGUCACCUGGGACACCCUGUUCUACCUGUAUGAGAACCUGGAGUCCUCCUGCCUGUUCCGCUGCAAGCUGCAGAAGAUGCUGGUGGAGGACCCCGCCGCCCCCCCGCUGCAGAUGCACCACGUGGCGCAGGUGCUGCACGAGCUGCUGGGCGACUCCACGCGGCCACUCUACCCGCGGCCCUGGCCCGGUGACCACCCGCGCCUGCUGCUGCCUGUGCCGCACACCAAACUCAACGUGCAGGGCGUGAGUCUGCGGUCCCUCUACAAGCGCUCGCCAGGCCAGGCUGCCUUCACCAUGGACCCAGUCCGGGACCUUCUCAUCUGGGCCGUCGUCCAGAACCGCAGGGAGCUGGCGGAGAUCAUCUGGGCUCAGGGCCAGGACAGCAUCGCGGCGGCCUUGGCCUGCAGCAAGAUCCUGAAGGAGCUGUCCAGGGAGGAGGAGGACACGGACGGCUCGGAGGAGAUGCUGGCGCUGGCCGAGGACUUUGAGCUCAGAGCCGUGGGGGUCUUCACCGAGUGCUACCGGAAGGACGAAGAAAGAGCUCAGAAGCUGCUCAUCCGUGUGUCCGAGGCCUGGGGGAAGGCCACCUGCCUGCAGCUGGCCCUGCAGGCCAAGGACAUGAAGUUCGUGUCCCAUGGAGGUGUCCAGGCCUACCUGACCAAGGUGUGGUGGGGCCAGCUCAGCGUGGACAAUGGGUGGUGGCGGGUGCUCCUGUGCGUGCUGGCCUGCCCACUGCUCCUCACCAGCUUCGUCUCCUUCAGGGACAGGAGGCUGCGGGCGGGGGGCUGCGCGGGCCGCCCGCGCGCCUUCUUCUUGGCGCCCGUGGUGGUCUUCCUGGGGAACGCGCUGGCCUACUCCGCCUUCCUCGGGCUCUUCGCCUACGUGCUCAUCGUGGACUUCCAGCCGGUGCCCUCGCGGCGCGAGCUCGUCGUCUACGCCUGGCUCUUCUCGCUGGGGUGCGAGGAGACGCGGCAGCUCCUGUACAACCCGGACGGCUUUGGGCUGCGGAAGGUGGCGACCCUGUACUUCAGCGACUUCUGGAACAAGCUGGACCUUGGCGCCAUCCUGCUCUUCAUAGCAGGGCUGACGUGCAGGCUCCUGCCGGCGCUGCUGUACCCCGGCCGCAUCAUCCUGUCCCUGGACUUCAUCGUGUUCUGCCUCCGGCUGAUGCACAUCUUCACCGUUAGCAGGACGCUGGGGCCCAAGAUCAUCAUGGUGAAGCGGAUGAUGAAGGACAUCUUCUUCUUCCUCUUCCUGCUGGUGGUGUGGGUGGUGUCCUUCGGCGUGGCCCAGCAGGCCAUCCUCAUCCACAACGAGAGCCGUGUGGACUGGAUCUUCCGCGGGGUCGUCUACCACUCGUACCUCAUGCUCUUCGGGCAGAUCCCGGCCUACAUCGACGGAGUGAACUUCAGCCCCGACCAGUGCAGCCCCAACGGCACCGACCCCUACAAGCCCAAGUGCCCCGAGACUGAUGCGACGCGGCUCACGCCCGCCUUCCCCGACUGGCUGACGGUCCUCCUGCUCUGCCUCUACCUGCUCUUCACCAACAUCCUGCUGCUCAACCUGCUCAUCGCCAUGUUCAACUACACCUUCCAGCAGGUGCAGGAGCACACGGACCAGAUCUGGAAGUUCCAGCGCCACGACCUGAUCGAGGAGUACCACGGGCGCCCGCCAGCCCCACCACCCCUCAUCCUGCUCAGCCACCUGCAGCUCCUGGUCAAGAGGCUCGUCCUGAAAAUCCCGGCCAAGAGGCACAAGCAGCUCAGAAACAAGCUGGAGAAGAACGAGGAGGCCGCCCUUCUCUCCUGGGAGAUGUACCUGAAGGAGAAUUACCUGCAGAAUCUGCAGUUCCAGCUAAAGCAGAGGCCCGAGCAGAAGACCCAAGAGAUCAGCGAUAGGGUCAACGCCGUGCUGGACCUGCUGGACCCGGCCCAGGAGCAGAGGCUGGCCUCCCUGGAGGAGCAGGUGGCAGAGACAGCCGAGGCCUUGCGCUGGGUCGUGCAGGCGCUGCGGGACGGCGGCUUCGGUGCAGAGAGGGCCCUCCCGGCUCUGGCAUCCAGAAGGGCCUCGGAAGAGCUGAGCCAGGAGGCGGGCCGCAGGCGGAAGGCAGGGGACCCCGAGGACGCCCACCACGUGAACGCCCGGCACCUGCUGUACCCCGACGCCCCCGUCACACGCUUCCCGGUGCCCGACGAGAAGGUGCCCUGGGAGACGGAGUUUCAGAUCUACGCGCCGCCCUUCUACUCGGCCGAGCGGAAAGACAAGGCCGUCACGGACCCCGUGGGGAACAACCUGGAGUCCCUGUCCGAGAUCCACUUCAACGCCGUGGACGGGCUGGUGGACCGCCGCAGCUUCCACGGCCCCUAUGUGGUGGAGGACGGGCUCCCCCGGUGAGUGCCGGGCCUCCCCGCGCGGCUCCGCUCUGUGCCCGCCAUGGCCUCCACCCUCGGGGUCUGCUUCUGGGGUCAGGCUUCCUGCCUUGGCAAGCUACCCAGACUUCUGGGGAAAAAGAAAAGCAAAACACGGUUUUGUUGCUUCCUCAGCAUCCCCACUUUGAGCCAACUGUACAGUCUCCCUGGGGGCAGCCUGGUGGAAUGAGGGGCAGGGGCCGUGCCUGCUGGGCUGCAGCCGCUGUCCCUUGGUCUCGGCUUAAGCUUUGUGGACUUCGAGUCCAUCGUCAAUAAGGCGGGGG